AUGCGGACGACGGAGACCCUGUUUAGGAAGGUGCGGGCAGUGGCCGCAACAGAUCUUGAGAUGUCCAAUGGAGAUAGCAAUCAACCACCAUCCCAAACCAGUCCACCGAGCCCAUACAUCCAUUUCAGUGAGCAAGCCAACGAAUAUCGAGAAUAUGUUCAGACACUCGCAGGCCGGUGGCCUGGAUUAUCCUACCUCGAUGCUUAUCUGCAGGAUGCUCUAUAUCUCGAGCGGAGGACUUUCGGAAUCGUGCUCAUCAAGCCGAGCGACGAUGCUUCCGUGCAGCGUAACCUGAGAUUGGAAGAUGUUCUGCCCCAACUGGAUGAUUGUUCCAUUCCGAAACUUAUAGUCUUGGAAGACCCCACUCCCAGGAUGAUUGCAGAGCUCGGAGCAAAACUGCGAAUUGAUCCUCAGUUUUGGGCAGAUUUCCUGGUCGGCCCGUCUUGGUUUGGGUCAGGAAAGGUAGAUAUUGGACCUGGUGAACCGAGUGUCCAAUAUAGAGAUGACAGUCUGCUAGAGCAGCUUUGGCCGCUACCAAAAGCCGCGAGGCAGCAGGAGCAUUACUGCUUUCGGUUUGUUGCUCACAGAGAACCAACACCGAAUAUGGAUGACUACAGCUCAUUAUCAGCGUCCUAUCCUAUCUGUGGGAAUGCCAAACCUGGGCCUCCAAUUUGCGCCAACUCGAUCGGUCUACGCAACAAUCUCACUGUAUGGGAGAACCAGCAUGAACGUGAUAGGGCCAAAGGUGAAACCCCACCACGGGAUAUAGCGUGGGUAGGUGUCAUUGCGGUGAAGAACCAAAGUAGCCGAAUACCAGUCUGCCAGCCAGGUUCUUCAUAUAUCUUCCGAGAGUACCUUCCAAGGCCACAGUUUAGAGAAAGCUUCAAUAUGGAUAUUCUGGAUAACGCAAGAGAAUGGGAAGGACGACCUCAACGAGCUCUGAAAACCAAUUAUUCUAUCAAGGAGAUCCUCUGCUACCACCUCAUCUACCAUUUUCGGAAGAAGGAUUCUCGCGAUGCCGCAAUGACAUCACCGCGCCUCCUAUUCGUUGAUGUACUUCAAUUGAUCAGUUGCUUCUGGGUGGCUGAGAUUGAAUCGAAACAUUUACGCUUAUCUUGGAUGGAGGUGUAUUAUCAGAAGGAGGUUAUUAGACGGAAUCGAAGAUAUCCCUCCUUCAUGGAUCCCCUAUAUCCAGACCCAAACGGCAGUCUCUCCGCAAGGCUCCAAGCAGAUCUGAUUGGGUUACAUAGUGAUCUAAUCAGCAUAGAGCCGUACAAUCACUUUAUUAAAGAAGCUGAAGAGUAUUGCAAAGCUCAGAGGCAGCUCACAGGUUUGCCAGAUUAUAAGGAAUUAGUCAACGACUUCACCUACCUACAGAACGCUGUCUCUCGCUUGACUAACCGGAUCAAUAGGGUCAUGGGCUUCUUGAAAUCAAUCGAUGAUGAUCAUGAAAAAUCACGAUCAAGAUACCGAAACAUGUUGCUACUGAUUCUGGCAGUGUGGGCCUGGCUGGUCUCACCAAUUUCAGUGACUGCUGCAAUUAUGAACUUGGGUGAGAGCAGAGAAAGCGAUGCCGUCAAGGUUGGGGAUAUCCAGGUAUUUUGGAAGGUUGUGGUUCCUAUUGGAGUUGGUGUGAUUUUGCUUGUCGUGUCUUUGCUUUGGAUCACAGAAUCCUAUACUUUGAGGGCGACGCGAAAGGCAAGUCGCUCUAGGAGGUAUCGUUGA